CACCGGAAGGGCGUAGGCGGGACGAACGAGCGGGCGGCGCGCGGGGGCUAGAGCGUCGGCGGUCAUGGAGGAGGAACGCAGCUUCCGGGACAUCGGUGGCGGCCGCCUGGCCCUGCAGCGCCGCUACUAUUCCCCCACCUGCCGGGAGUUCUGCCUCGACCGCCCCCGCCUGUCGCUGCGCUCCCUCAGCGCCGCCACCUGCACCGUGUGGCUGGCGGCCUACGCCAUCUUCGCCCUCUGCCAGAACAGCACGGUGCUCUCGGCCGCCAUCGUCCUGACCCUCGUGGGGCUGCUCGGGUACCUCCACUUCGUGAAGAUCGAUCAAGAGAGCCUGCUGGUGAUCGGCUCGCUGGGCAUCCAGAUGACCGCGUCCUACGCCUCGGGCAAGGAGAGCACCACCUUCAUCGAGAUGGGCCUGGUGAAGGACGUGGUCAUCAACGAAGCCAUUUACAUGCAUAAAGUCAUCUACUACCUGUGCAUCCUGCUUCAGGACCCGGGAGAUCAGCAAGGCGUGUCGCAGGUGGUUCCCGUCUUCCAGACGCAGAGCGCCAAGCCGCGGCUGGACUGCCUGAUCGAAGUGUACAGGAGCUGCCAGGAGAUUCUAGCCCUCCGACAGGCCCCGGCUCCCCACCCGUGAAGCCGCCCGUCAGGGGAGACGGGCCGUCUCCGGGGGGUCCUCCCGGCUCGGUUGCUGGGCUCCUUUCUUCGGUCGUUCUGAGAAACGGGAGGCUCCGCUGGCGAGAGCCGCUGGGGUGUGGGAAAUGUGAGUUGUCUUCCCGGCUCCGCCCCUGACUACCCGGGUCGUGCUUCUCUCUCCCUGUGUCUCGGAACGGUGCGGGAGGUGACGAUGGUCGUCACCCGGUGUGGAGACGCUGCACGGCCUGGGGGAAAACGCAAGGGUCUCGGCGCCGACGCUUGCCGGCCGUGUGACCUUAGGCGAGUCACUUCAGUUUUCUGGGCCUCAGUUUCCUGCUCUGCCAGAUGGGGAUACGGUCCCCGUUGGCCCUCCCUCCGAGACCGUGAGCCCCAUGUGGGACAGGGAGUGGGUCUGGGCUGCUCAGCAACCCAGCGCUCAGUACGGUAGUCGGUACACGGUGAGCGUUGAACGAGUACCACUUUGUUACCCUUCACUUUGGUAGGGGGCGGGAGGUAGUGGAGAUGAAUGCAACGAUGACCGUCAGAGGAGCCAGAACAACCCAGCGUGUCAAGAAGAUGAUUCCUAAUAAAAAAGAACCAACUCAC